AUGGAGAAGGGCCGAAACCCGAAGAGGAACUUACCCCAGCCGAACCCGAAGAGGAACCCCGCCGAACCCGAAGAGGAACCCCAGCCGAACCCGAAGAGGAACCCAGCCGAACCCGAAGAGAACCCCAGCGCCGAAGAGGAAACGCAGGCCCAGCCGAACCCGAAGAGGAACCCAGCCGAACCCGAAGAGGAACCCCAGCCGAACCCGAAGAGGAACCCCAGCCGAACCCGAAGAGGAACCCCAGCCGAACCCGAAGAGGAACCCAGCCGAACCACCCAGCCGAACCCGAAGAAUCGACCCGAAGAGGAACCCCACCCCACCCCAGCCGCCGAAAGCCGAACCCGAAGAGGAGCCCCAGCCGAACCCACCCCAGCCGAACCCGAACCCCAGCCGCCGAAGAGGAACCCAGCCGAACCCGAGGAGGAACCCCAGCCACACCGACCGCCCAGAGCGAUAUAUAAUAACACGCAAACCCACACGUCAAGGGAAAGGAAGUCUCUUAUCGUGUUGUAUCGCCUCAUUCGUGUGAAGUUAGAUGACGGGUGA